GGGAAAGAUAAACCCCAACUCAAUCCCUCAAUCUCGGAACUCCACCGGUUCAGUUAGCUAUGGGGAUACUGUCGUGGUUCACCAGCAGCCCGAAGCUGUCGCAGCCGGAGAUAACUCAGAUGGAGAAAUCGGAAACUCCGGCACCGGGGAUGAACGCCACGGUUUUCGAGUUCGCCUCCGUGGCAACCACGGGAGACAGAGUCACUCUCGCAGGAUACUGCCCCGUUUCCGACGAUCUCGAACCUUGCCGCUGGGAGAUUCUUCCCGCCGACGGGAAAGACGCGCCGCAGUUUCGCGUCGUCUUCUGAAGAAUCCGAUCAUCAUCAGCUCAGUUUCUAGAAAUGUAGUUUCUUCAUCCAUAAAAUUGUAUUAUUGGUCCACCAUUAUCAUCUACAGCUUGUAUUUUCCGUAUGUCUUUUAUUAGUCCAAUAAUUAAUUUUAAAAAUAAGGGAAUUAUUAAGUGAUUA